AUGGCGAUACUUUUGGUAUCCAAGAGCGUAGAAGCAAGACAUAGAUUUCAUUCAUGGAGAAAAUAUAGUUACAAGUCGUCUCCUGAAUCAGUACCAAUGUCUGCGCCUAACUCUAACCAGCCACCACGUCAACUAUCUCCAUCACCACAACCAUCAUCCUUGGAUUAUUACACUUCUAGUCCACCAUCACCUUUCGGGUGGUUCUCUCCUCAACCCUCCCCAGUGCCUUCUCGUACUCCCAACAAGUCUCCAAGUUCACCAACCUCAUCACCACUAUCACCGACUCCAAAUGAUUUUAAUUCUCCGCCCUCGCCUUCAAGAUGGGCUCCAUCCCCAUAUUACUCUUCAUGGGAACCAUCUUCUAGUUAUACGACAUCGUCUCCUCAAUCAGCGCCUGUACUUACACCUUCUUACCCUAACCAAUCCCCACCAUCACCUAUAGAAUGGUUCUCUCCUCGACCUUCCCCAGCGCCUUCAUCCACUUACGAUGACAAGAAUGCUCCAACUUCACCAACUACAUCGCCACUAUCACCAUCUCCAUAUGAUAAUAGUUCACCGCCCUCACCUUCAGGAUGGGCUCCAUCUCCAUCACGGGCACCAUAUCCUAAUGAUAAAUAUUCACAACAACCUUCUCUAUCACCACUUCCAAAUUACUAUUAUAAAUCACCAUCUCCUCCAUAUAUUUACAACUCUCCACCACCUCCUCCUUAUUAUUACAUGUCCCCACCACCACCAUCACCCUCUCCUCCACCACCAUACUACUAUAAAUCUCCACCUCCACCUCCUCCAUCACCAUCACCCCCUCCUCCAUACGUCUACAAGUCACCACCCCCACCAUCGCCAUCCCCUCCUCCUCCAUAUUACUACAUGUCACCACCCCCACCAUCACCAUCCCCUCCUCCUCCAUAUUAUUACAUGUCGCCAUCCCCACCAUCUCCUUCGCCUCCACCUCCUUACUACUACAACUACCCGCCGCCACCUCCAUCCUACUAA